ACGGACUGCACUCAAAACAACGUGAAGGAGGACCACAGAAAUACGUCAAAGGCAGACAAGUAUUUAAACAUUAACCAUUUAAAUGGAUUUGACGUCGAUACAAGACGUUUAUUUACUAUAAAAUAUUUAUCUCUACUCUUGUAAUUUUUUUCUCUCGGGAAUGCUUGAUGUUGAUUGGAAAACUUUGGAGUUUUAGUGGACCACGGUCCUAUUUUGUUCCUUUUUUUCGUCACUUUUAUAAUUCUCCUAAUAUGGCUAAGAGCAAAUUUGAGUAUGUCCGCAGCUUUGAAACGGACGACACAUGCCUACGGAACUGUUAUAUUGUUGUUAGGCUGGAUGGUCGCAAUUUCCACAAGUUUUCAGAGCAACAUGGUUUUACAAAACCCAAUGAUAACAGAGCUUUAGGGCUCAUGACCAGGAGUGCACAGUCUGUCAUGGAAGAAUUGGAGGAUAUCAUCAUUGCUUAUGGUCAAAGUGACGAGUUUAGCUUUGUUUUCAAGAGGACCUCCAAUUGGUUUAAACGAAGAGCCAGCAAACUCAUGACCCACGUGGCCUCCCAGUUCUCCUCCUCCUAUGUCUUCUACUGGAAGGAGUAUUUUGAAGAACAGCCCCUCCUUUACCCCCCAAGCUUCGACGGACGUGUGGUUCUUUACCCCACUAACCGUAACCUUAGAGACUACCUCAGCUGGAGGCAAGCGGACUGUCAUAUAAAUAACUUGUACAACACAGUGUUUUGGACAUUAGUACAGAAGGGAGGACUCACCACAGCACAGGCAGAGGAUCGCUUAAAGGGAACAUUAGCUGCAGAUAAAAAUGAGAUUCUGUUUUCGGAGUUUGACAUCAACUACAACAAUGAAUCUGCCCUCCACCGGAAAGGCACCAUCCUCCUCUGGAAAAAGCAUGAAGAAACGGUCAUCAGGCGCAUGAAACAACCAAACGCAGAAGAGAAGGAGGUGCCGGUAACGCGCAGCAAGAGGAGGGUGGAGAACCUUUACUGUGACAUUAUAGGGGAGCAGUUCUGGGAGGAACACCCAGACAUCCUGGAGGAGGAUAACUGCUAGCAUCUCCUCCCCUCUCAGGGCAGAACCGCUGACGUUUUCUGAACAGUGAGGCUGAAGCCAGCAGGACCUCUUGACAUGGACUUUAUGCAACAACGUGAUAUCUAAGCUUUUAGCAGACUGACAUUUUUGAAGAUUACCUUUGUACUUUAACUCUAUCAUAGCUUUCUUUUUCUUUUAAUAAAAUAUUGUUAUGACGUUCUUUCAAAAUAAGAGCCUUUUAUUUUAUUUUUAUUCAUCACAUCUGUCAUAAUUGUCAUGAAACAGACAACUUCAUGCAUACAUUAGAGAACAGACAUCUCUUGCAUCUUCAUCUAGAACUGCAGAGGGCGCCUUUUCUAAAAAUACUUGAUGAAUUUUAUUUAGAAAAUCAACACUUGAUCCCUCAGGAGGUUUUUAAUGUUUCCUUGAAGAAGGAACUUCCCACAAUGCUCUUUUUGCUCUUGUAUUACAAACUAUCUGUAGGUUUUUAAUUUUCAUUAGAUCAGCGUCAUAGAAGUUGACGGUUAAAAAUAUUAUAAACGGGGUGAGUGGCCUUGUCUUGCAGCCAAAGCGCUAUGGAGAUGUGAAUGGAUUCAAUAGCCUGCACUGCCAUCAGUGCUAAGAAUACCUCACACACCCUGCAUGCGCUCCACUCCUCUGACAUGUGCUCCGCGGCAUAUUUGUCAUCACUCCUAUGAAUUGCUGGCUAAAUCUGAAUGGCUGCUGGAGGCUGGAAGAGGCGGAAACUGGAUAUAUUUUGUUACCAUAGUAAGCUCAGUUACUGUCAAGUGUUGGUUUGUAUUUUUGGUACUGUGACCUUGUUAAAAGCAUGCGGCUGCUGUACUGUACUUAAUGUAAGGCGUUAGAUUCCUAUCAGUCAUUUUGUGUCUAUCAGAAUAAGAAAAGCUCAUCUGGUUAUGUAAAAGUUACACAUUCAUAUUAAGUAUAAAGGAUUUUCAAACACACAAACUGGUUGUGUUGGUCCGUUAUAAUGACAGUCUGUGCAGACAAUGACUCAACAGAUGUCCUUACAGACCAGACCAGUGGAAAUCCAAGAUAACAGGAUGUGUUGGGGCAAGUGGUGCAGUUAUUUAAGGAUGACAUGGAUUUAUGUGCUGUUCCAAUGUACAUUUACUGAUUCAAUAGAUGAAAGAAACAACCUAAAAGGCAGUUUUAUAGUUUUGUUUCUCAGAAAAUAUUGUUUACAUAUAAACAUGACACAUUUGAAUGGAAAAUGACUCGUCAACAGACUGUUCAAAAUAAAAGCACUGUGAGAUAUGUUGAAAGAAAAAUGUGGGACAUUUUCGAAAUUAUCUGAUAUGUAAUUGCAAUUAAAAAAAUUGGAAUAAAUAGAGUUUCUUUAAAUAACUAUUUCUAAAAAUGUUUGAAAAACCUAAAAAAGGAUCCAUGCAAAUUGUCCCUGUUUUUGCUCAUUUUCCUAAAAAGAAUCUGUUGGAUUUGCAUAUUGUUUAGCCUUCAGGCCAGUAUGAAAUGAAAUAUAUGUUUAUGGGCCAUCAUAUGCUAUUGUAAAUCAGAAUUUGGGGCAUGAAAUAUGAAGAAAAAUAAUAAAUAAACAGCUACUUAAACACUGAA